AUGGCUCACGUUGUCACUCCUCUGGAUCAGCCUUCAAAUUACAAGGACUCGCAAGCACGCCUCGACCGUCAAAAGCAAAAUGAAAUGCUCGCGCGGUCAUCGACCCUCUAUAUUGGUAACUUGAGUUUUUAUACAACAGAAGAACAGAUAUAUGAGAUAUUUUCAAAAUGCACCAGCCCGGAGGAGGGCGGGGGCAUUAAACGUAUCAUCAUGGGUCUUGACAGGAAUACGCGUACUCCAUGUGGCUUCUGCUUCGUGGAAUACUACACACACUCGGAGGCGCUGGCAUGUCUGCGGUACAUCAGCGGCACGAAGCUCGACGAGCGCAUCAUCCGGUGUGACCUCGACCUCGGCUACCGCGAGGGGAGACAGUUCGGCAGGGGGAAGAGCGGUGGUCAGGUGCGAGACGAGCAUAGGCAGGACUACGACCCCGGGCGUGGUGGAUGGGGCGCCCAGGCGCAGCGGCUCGAGAUUGAACGCCGCAGAGAGGUCGAGGAGCGUUACGCGGACGCACACGAGGGUCCCGGGGCUGUCGCGGGAGGCGGAGGCGACUGGAAAGAAGCAGGUAGCGCAGACAACCCUCUCAAGCGUGCGCGGUCCCCGGACGACGAGGGGGACGCGGCUCGAUCGGGUGCUCGCGCGCGUUUGGAAGACCACGACCAGGCGCGCAUGUAG